UGUGGUCAAUGAAGGUUUAAAUCUCUUUAUCCCAUUCCUAGUGCGGACCAGGCUUGGUAUACGACGACCGGUAAUCUUCACGGACUCGUACCUAUAUUUCUUUGUCUCCCCAGAAGCUCCUGAUUGGCCCUUACUCAUCAGUUGUGUUAAUACCCCUUCACAUCUUUCAUUUGCAUCCAGUCCAGCAACCAUGGCGCAGUCAGGGCAGCAUCAGAUAUCAAUCCCCCCGCCGGCCAAAUGUGCCUCAGAGUCCUCAAGCCCUACCGAUUCAGUAUUUAUCGAGUCUGAGAAGGCCUUCCUCGGAAACAUGCCUGACCCUGAGAAGCAACAAGUCAGUAUGGAUCCAGAAAAGACACUAGGGAGGACCGCAUCCUCAGGGUUCCGUGACCUUGAAGCCCAGACCGAACCCGAGCCCAAGAGAAGGUGGUAUGCUCCUAUCCGGUAUACCGCUCUCGACAUCUACCGCCGUCUCUUCUCCAUCGUUUUCCUCGCAAACCUUGGCGUCUUCAUUUGGGUCAUGGUUGCCAACCGUACCUUGAUGGCCCUCAUCAACGCUACAGCUGCCAACGUGCUCGCUUGUGGUUUGGCCCGUCAGCCCUUGGUCGUGAACACCUUCUUCCGCGUUGCAUGCUCAAUCCCCAGAUCGGCCCCGCUCCGGCUGCGGCAGAUUGCAUGCAAGGUCUAUCACUAUGGAGGCGUCCACAGUGGUUGCGGAGUCGCCUCGUUCGUCUGGUAUAUCGGCUUUGUGGCCGUCUUGACCCGCACGUACACAAACCCUCCUGGAGGCCAGGCGGUCAUCUCAUCUGCACCAGUCAUCCUGGCGUACAUUAUCCUGGUGCUCCUCAUGGCCAUCAUCAUUGUGGCCUACCCUGGCUUCCGAGCCAAGCUGCACGACUACUUCGAACUCACGCACCGCUUCUCUGGCUGGGUCGUGGUCGCCCUCUUCCUAUGCCUGCUGUUGGUUUUCGCGGACGAAGCCAGAAGAGCUGAAGGCGUCUCCCUGGGCAGCUUCAUCAUAAAAAUCCCCGGUUUCUGGUUCCUGAUGAUUGUCAUCGCCUCCAUCAUUCACCCCUGGGUGUUCCUGCGCAAGGUCCGCGUGGAGCCCGAAUAUCUCUCCGACCACGCCGUCAGACUCCAUUUCGACUACACCAAGACUGCCUUCGGCAAGGGUAUCCAGCUCUCUAAGCAUCCGCUUCGUGACUGGCACGGUUUUGCCACCUUCCCCGACCCAGGGGGCAACACCUUCUCCUCCAUGGUCUCCAAGGCCGGCGACUGGACAGCAGACACCAUCAAGGAGCAGCCCACCCACCUAUGGAAGCGUGGCGUGUUGGUCUAUGGCUUCGCGUACUCUAUGCGUGUCUUCAAGAAAGUCCUCGUCGUCACCACCGGAUCAGGCAUCGGUCCCUGCUUAUCGUUCCUGGGUGAUGAGAACCGUCCCGAGCUGCGCGUCGUCUGGCAAACCCGAGCUCCCGUGAAGACAUACGGAGAGAAGGUCAUUGACCUUGUCAAGCAGAUGGACCCCGACCCGGUCAUCGUCGACACCAACGAGAGGGGUCGGAUAGACAUGGUUCCUCUCAUCAGGAAGUUGUACAAGGAGUUCGAGCCGGAAGCUGUUUGUGUGAUCAGUAACGGCAAGGUCACGAAGAACACGGUUUAUGAAUUGGAGGCCACUGGUAUCAAAGCAUACGGUCCCAUUUUUGAUUCAUGAUUUCCCUUCUUUUGCGUUGCGGUGUUGGUGUCUUUUGGUGUUGGUUUGUCCUUUAUAUGGUCUGUUUAUGGGCUGGGUUGGUAUAUCACGCUGAUAUGAGUUAUCCGAUAUUAUUUAAUGCUUUUUGAAGAAAACUGAUGAGAAUGGAGGGGUAAAGAUGUGAAAAAUCGGUUUCUGUAUAUAGUAAGGGCACUACCCUGCCUUACCCGAUU